AUGAAAUUCUUCGCAAUCUUCGCAACCGUUCUGGCCAUGGCCAUGGCCGUCCCAAACUCCUCAGUGUGGACUCUCCAGGACUUGUCUGAGGCUCUACAGAAUCCUGACACCAACCCGGCACUCAUACCCUACCUCGAACAGGCUUUAAAUCAGUUGAUGGAAAGCCUCAUGGCUGGACACAACGUGAAUGCCAUCGUAGUACAAAUGCCUGAAAACAUCGACGUGGUCCCAUCUCCUGUGAAUCCUGAUAUCGUGGAUCCUCAACCCUCAAUCUCAAGCCCCCUCGUUCAAAUCAUUGUCAACGUAAAUUCCAAGAAAGAGGUCGCCCCAGGCCCCGUUAACCCAGAAAUCAUUCCCGGUCCAGUCAUCAUUGACGAGCCAGAAGAAAUCAUCAUCCCAGCCCCUGUUAUAAUAAACUAA